GCGACAUGUCCGCCUCAAACCCAGAUACAGAGUCCAAAGUCGUCCCCGCGGUCGACACGGUGGCACCUAAUGCCGCGGUCGACGCAUCGCCCAUCGUCGUCUCCCUCACCCCCGAUGACCCAGAACACCCGGCCAACUUCUCCCCGUCCAAGAAAGCCCUCAAUACCGCCAUCGCAGCGUACGUCCUCUUCCUAACGGCGAUCAUGGCGACGUCAGUCGGCGUCAUGACGCCGUCCGGCAUGGCGUGGUUCGGCGUCUCGCGCACCGCCUACGCGCUCAGUCUGACGGUGUACAUGGUGCCCAUGGCGGUAUUCUCGCUCGUCUUUGCGCCGCUCAGCGAGGUGUGGGGCCGCGCGGGGGUAUACCGCGUCGCGAUGGUUGUCAACACCCUCGCGUUCAUCCCGCAGAUCUGGACACACUCGUACCCCGCCCUCCUGGUGACCCGCUUCAUCCAAGGCACUGCCCUCGCCGCCGGCAACGCGCUUGUCGGGGGCACAAUCGCAGACAUGUACGCGCCGCGCGAGCGCGGGCUAGCGAUGAACAUGAUGGCGCUGGCCAACUACGCUGGCAACUCGCUCGGCGGCGCCGCGUUCGGCUUCGUGGCGAUGAAGCUCGGCGUGCAGUGGUGCUAUGGGAUCCAGGCGCUCGCGUGCGUCGUGUCCGUCGUGCUCAACUAUGCGUUCAUGGUCGAGACGCGCGCCGAGGCGAUCGCGGCGCGCAAGGCCGCGCGGCUGACGGCCUCGACGGGACGGCUGCACGUCGGCGCACACCAGCUCGAGGCGAAGAGCCUCGCGCACCUCGCCCGCACGGCAGUCCUCCGCCCCCUCACCUUCCUCUGCACUGAGCCGAUCGUGACGGCCAUGUCGUUGUGGAUCGGGUUCGCCUGGAGCUGCAUCUACCUCGGGAGCAGCGCGACGCUCGCCGUGUUCGGGCAGUACGGGUGGAACGCGGGCCUCACGGGCCUGUCGCUGCUGUCCACGCUCGUCGGCGGGCUGCUGGGCUUUGCGUCAAAUUUCCACCAGGAGCGCAUCUACCGCCGCGCGGUCGCGAGCGGGGCCGCGACCCCAGAGGUACGCCUGUACUGGUCUGCGUCGGGCGGGCUGCUGUUCCCGGCGUGCAUGUACGCUUAUGCGUGGACUGGCAGGCCGAGCGUGCCGUGGAUCGUGCCCGCCAUAUUCCUCUCCGGCGCCAUGUGGGGCGUGUACAUCAUGUACUGCGGGGUUGUAAACUACUUUGCCGACGCGUACGAGACCUACUCGUCGUCGGCGCAGGCGGCGCACAGCUUCGUGCGCGGCUUCAUGGCCGGCACGCUCCCGCUCGCCGCGGGGGUGAUGUACAACCACCUCGGGUACCCGCAAGCCUCGACACUGGUCGCGAGCAUCUCGACCGCGCUGGCGGCUGCGCCGCUGGCACUCAUCUUCGUCGGGCCAAAGCUGCGCGCGCGGAGCAAGACGGCUGUCGCGAUUGCUGGGAGCUGGGGGCAGGAGUGGAGCGACGUGGUCGUGGUCAGCCGUCAGUAGACACGGGGCAUGUGUUGUUCUCAGUGCACACGCCGCACGUCUGCCUAU